AUGAAUUGCAGCAAGCGGCGGAGCUCGGUGGGAGAGAGCGAAGUGAGCGAAUCGCCGCCGGAGACCCCGACGAGCGUAUCGAGUUGCGAGGAGAUGCCACGAGCGAAGCAUCUGGAAAAGUCCCUCACGGCGGAUAACCUGAACGACCCGCGGGGCCGGUCCUCACAGGGCAUCUACCGUCGUCUGUACCUGUGGUUCCAGGCGAGAACCCGGAGAACGAACAAACCCGGGUGCGAUUCCGUGAUGGCCAAGAAGAGGCUCAAGUUGCUGUUGCGCCACCCGUCGGAGAACCGGGGACCAGCACAGACGAAGGCGACCGGCGGAGGCGAUAGCGAGGAAUCCUUCAAGCGUUACCAGACGGACAGUGGAGUCCAGAGUGCGUCUUCGACGGCCCCUCACACGCCGUCGAGCGACCGAGAUCUCCGCAUCAAUCCCAACGUCCUCCUCCCCGAGAAGUAUCGAAACCCCGCGGUCAGAGCGUCCAACGGCACGAAGGCCAGCGACGACCCACCCAAGGAUCCUCCCAACGAGGAGGGGGAAUUCCCCUUCGAUGUCGUCUCCACGUGGCCUUUCUCCGGCCUCUUCGAUGCCGAGGAGGAGGAGGAGUCAGGCGUCGAGGAGCAAGCAGGAAGCAUGGGCGAGCCACCGUGGUCCCCGAUCGCGGACUGGGUCAUCCCCUGGAACGACCUCAUAUUUGACGAACCCCUUCGCCUCUGCCCCGAUGGUGACAUCUACCGAGGAAGAUGGCACGGAGAGGUGAGGAUCCACGUGUACAGCACGCGAGAGGACCCGUGGAACAUGAGGCAGUUCUGGACGGAGGCGAAGACGCUGAGCCUGUUGAGGCACGAGAACCUGCUCUUGUUCAUGGGUGCCUCGGCGGCACCGCCCAGGGUGGCCCUCGUCACGGCUGCACCCCGGGGACCUUCUCUGCACUCCCAGAUCGCCCGGCAUUCGUCCAUCUCCUGGCCGACCAAGAUCAACAUCGCCGGACAGGUGGCUCAGGCGAUGGGAUACCUCCAUGCGAAGGGAAUAGUCCACCGGGAAUUGAACACGGAGAACAUUUUCCUGGAAUCCAAGGUGAAAGUCUCCAUCCUCGACUUCAGCGCCGUCCAUUACGACUCUACCUGCAGGCCAGGUAUGGGGAGCAUGCCGAGGAGGAAGCUGCAUUACCUGAGUCCGGAAAUGAUGAGAUCUCUCCUCGUGGAGCCGCCUUUCAUUCGCAUCGCCUCGCCCUUCUCCACUCACUCGGACGUCUUCGCUUUCGGGACGGUGCUGUACGAGUUGCUGAGCGAGAGGAGUCCGUGGGAAUGCGUAGACACUCACUCGGUGAUUUUUCGUGUCGGCAAAGGGAUCUAUCAUCCGGUUGACCACCUCUCCUCUCCCCAACGCAUCAAGGACCUGAUCCACAACUGUUGGAACCCAGAUCCAGAGAGUCGUCCGGAAUUUCCUCGAAUCGUCCGGCUCCUUCGGAGUUCCAUGUCCUUGCAUCGUCAUCGGAGCACUUCAGAACCCAGGAAACUUCAUCGGAUGGGACUCACUUGAUAAAAGACGAUAUUAAAAGCAAAGGCACCGUCAGAGACAAAGCGAACUGUCACAAGGGCUAAUUUCCCGAUCUGCGA